AACAUAAACGUAAUAAACUAAUGCGUAAGUCAGUCGAGAUUACGGUGAAUUUUACCUUAGCUUACAUUAACUUUAUCACAGUUAAGUGGAUCUGAGAAAGCCUGCUCCUCAGAAAAAAAAUAAAGCCAUAAUUACCGUAACUUUCGUGCACUACAGUUGACGUGAAAAUUCGAAGGCAGUAGGCCGUACAGGCUAUGUUUACCGAUAUUUACUAAAUACACUGCCUGCAUAUAUUCCCUGUCGGAUUGAAUAGACUAAACGAUCUCUCGGCUUUUUUUCCAUAAUGUAUAAACUAAUAUGGACUAGCAGGAUAUAAUCUGACAAUUACGCUUACUAAUCUAAACGAACCUCAAAUCAAACAUUCGAAUUUCGCGAGUUAACUGAUGACUCAUGUUUACAAUGGGGUAUCAUUGCAGAGGUAGCUGAAACACCAUGUACAGAAAGAUCUUCAUUUUAAAACUUAAGCCCAUCCCUUUGAUUAUGUUAAUACGAGAUUGUAGAUAUUAUCUACAUAUGUUAUUUCCGCUGAUUGGAAUGAUGUUGUUCUGCCCUUGUCUCAAAUAAAAAUGUUGUGCCAGCCGUAGUUUUGGUGGAGCUACGGUUACCCAGCGUAUGAAUUAUUGCAAAAAAACAACAAUAUUUGAGAAAUUGAAAUAAUCCUAGGUCUGACUGGUUCACAGUACCAACGUGACAAAAAUGUCCCGUUCAAAUCCGGAGUCACAGUCGACGGAAUCCUUGAUCUCACAAUCGUCGCUGCCACAGACCUCGAUAUCAUCAUCGACCUCGUUUACAACGAGUUUGGUAACGGAAGAUGACAAAGCAAAAUUACUGAACUGCUCUCAGAAAGCUAAUCAUUCCAAAGCUUCUCAAGAAGCGGGUCAAGAUCUGGUUCAAAAAGCAAAACAUCUACAGACUAAACCUUUACUUUCGAAUAUUCCAGGCCUUAAAAGGCCAAGCGAGCCCUUACGCAGUCCAAAAACCCCGGUUACCCUCGAAACCGACAAUAUGAGGCGGCAAACGAUGGUCUGCGUUUUAACUGCGGCCUGUCUCAUUACCGCAGUAAUUAUCGUGUAUUUCGUCGUAAUUCGAAGACAUGAAGGAUACAAGUAUACGGAAGGAAAGCCUUUGUCGAAAACCUAUUCUUCGUGGGCCAGUGCUAUGGACGAACCCCAAUGUGCCCAGAUUUCUGGUGUUAUUUACAAGCGAGGUGGGACAGUCGCUGAUGCUGCGGUCGCGUCUCUUCUUUGCCUUGGAGUCGUAUUGCCAGAAUCUCUCGGUAUUGGUGGGGGCUUUCUAGCUGUCUACUUUCAAAAGUCGACUGGAAAGGUGCAUUUCCUUGAUGCUCGUGAAGCUGCUCCAUUGGCCGCCAAAUCGGAUAUGUUUGUCAAGUCAAACAGCGCUGUUGGACCUUUAUCGGUUGCUGUGCCGGGAGAGUUGGCCGGUUAUCAAGAGCUACUGAAAUUUGUUGGUUCGAACGUCACCUAUAAGGACCUUUUCGAGACUGCGAUCCAAUUAGCUGCCGGAGGUUAUACGGUUGGACAUCAUCUUGCGCACUCUAUCAAAGAGAAAGCGGAUUUGAUCUACCAAUCGGAAAAUCUCAGGAAGAUCUACUUCGACCAGGAGAAGAAUUCUACGAAAAAGCACGGAGACACCAUCUACAAUCCAGACCUGGCUAAAAUAUUCCAAAAGCUUGCUUCUACUAACGAUUUUGCACACGAGUUUUACAACGGAUCUAUUGGCAGAAUGGUUGUAGAGACGCUGAAAGCCAGAGGAGGCAUUCUGACUAGUCAGGACUUGGCCAGCUAUAGAACUCACUGGAGAAAGUCAACCUUUGCCUAUAUGAAAGACAGACAAUAUGAAGUCCACUCGGGAGGCCUAUCGGGAAGUGGAUCAGUGCUUUCGAUGAUGGUGAAUAUAAUAGAAGCGUUCAAAAUGAAACAACUAGAAGAAAACGUGACUACAUAUCACCGGCUUGUCGAGGCCAUGAAAUUCGCUUACGCCCAAAGAUCAUUACUUGGCGAUUAUUUAUAUCCCUCGGUGUCUGAUGAAUUUAAAUCGAACAUAACCAAGUUGGUCGACAACAUGCAGAGCGAAGACUUUGCACAAAAGAUGCGUAGCAGAAUCUCAGACUCUAAAACGUUAAACUUGAGCGAAUAUAACGGAGCUUUCAAUAAGCCCCGGGAUCGCGGAACGUCGCAUGCCAGUUUCUUUGCGCCCAAUGGAGAUGUUAUCGCAAUAACUUCUACCGUAAAUUUCUACUUUGGAAGUGGUGUCGAGAUUAAUGGAAUACUUCUCAAUAAUGAAAUGGACGAUUUUUCAAUACCUGAAAAAUCGAAUGGUUUUGGUCUGAUGUCAUCGCCAGCCAAUUAUAUCAAGCCGCUCAAGCGUCCGCUGUCGUCGAUGGCUCCAGCUGUUGUCAUAAAGGGCGGUGAAGUUGUAAUGGCUAUCGGAGCCGCAGGUGGAUCGCAGAUAACAUCGGCCAUUAUGGAGGUGAUACUGUACUAUUUCUACAUGAACUACACGAUUGGGGAUGCUAUUGCGCAUUCGAGAUUGCAUCACCAAUACUUGCCUAAUCGUAUCACAUACGACCGCAAUUUCGAUCCAAACAUCAUAAAAGAGCUGGAAAAAUUGGGACAUGAGACCUAUAUGCGCCCUGACAAUGUCAGAGGAAGCGUCAUCGUCGCUGUCGUUAGAGAAGGUGACAAAAUUGUAGCCGCCUGCGAUCCGCGAAAAGGCGGAGGCACCAGUGGUGGCUUUUAGAUUUGUUGAUCUAAGAUAUUCCGUCAAGGGUCUCUUGGCCGUAACUCAUGGAAGAGCGGAUCCAGCAAAAUUAUCCUUAACCGAUUCAGCGUUAAAUAUAGUAUGAUUGUCAAUGGAUACAAUCGUGUUUAAUAAUUAUACGCGUGUAUGUAUGUGAUAUAAAGAUAGAAAAAAGCUAAUAUUGUCCCCGAAAAGCCUUCACCAUCAAUAAGUAGGGGUGCUUUAAUUCAGCUGUCAGACCCCUAUGGGACACUUUGCCAUUGCGUGCUGGUUCGCGUCACUCCACCUGCUACCCUUUUCUUGUAUCUAAAUAAUUAUUCCUGGUAAUUUCUGCCGUAGAUAAUUAAACGUCUUUUGAAAUAAGAAACAGCCAGAUCGAAAAAAACUUUAAGUCUGUUGCAUAGACGGCUAUAGUCGCUAGAAAUCUAAAUCAGCAGCUUAGCAAGAAGUCUAGGUAUUGGCUUCAUACGUUUGGUAACGAGGCAUAUAUGAGCUCUGGAAAUUGCGCUAAUUGCGAUGCUAUCAGUAAUUCCUGCAAGCGUAAUCAAUAGAAAUCGACCUUUAGUUACUAAAGAGACAGCUCUUGAAAACGAUAUCUAACGGACGAGGUUUUUAGUUCUUAUAUACCUUAACAUUCGGUUCGUUUAGGCCUUAUUAGGCUUACUUAUAGGCUUGAACAGUUCUGUAUACGGUUCUGCACACUGACACGAAUACCGAAUUUUAGGGUCAUAAAUCUAAAUUAAUCAGAAGUGAGGCAAAAGGUUUUAUGAUCUAUUUGAAUUGAAUUUCACAUUGAUAUAUACACAUACGAUGCACGACUAGAACUCUGAAAAGCACUCAUACGUUUUAUGACCUGAUAAAUGCAAGUGAUACAACCAGUGAUACAAAAGCCUUUCCCCUUAACUCCUCGCUCUCCGUUUAACGCGUACGUCGUAUCUUAGUUAAAUUUGCCUUACUGCGACCUUAAGGCUAAAGACUUAAUAAUAAUAUAAUAAAUAUUAUUGAAAAGAAUAAAACCUAAUUAUAAGCCUUAUUUUUCGAAAUCUCGAGACGAUUUCUAGGCCCUUCUCUAAACAUUGUAUUAGUUAACUGUUCUACCUAACUCUGUGCUGAAUUUUACCGUAAAGUAUAUAGAUAUCACCAAAACAGAAAGCCCUUAGAAAUAGUAACUGGUGAAAUCGUUGAAGACAAACCAAGGGAGAGGAGAUCGUAUGGAACCGAGGUUAAGACCUUUUUGGUUUGUUGUGUUAGUAUCUAAUUUUCAUAAUAAUUUCAUUAGUUGCUACCAAAAAGUUCUUCGGUUCUAUACUAUCUGACGUUGUGUAUGUAUAUAACCUCGUUAGACAAACAUGGGACUCCUUUUGGUUUGUCAAAUGUUUGAGUAAAUACGUAAAACUAAUCUUAUCUUUUUUUUG